UAAAAAUCACUACGAAAAAUGAACGAUUAAAAUUAACAUGGGCCACAUCAAUUGGGCCUAAGAAGAUAAAGAUGGGCCACAACAUUUAGGCCUAAAAGAAAAUGACCUCAACAUCAAAACUUCGACAGUCAGUCACUGUAACAUUUUAGAUCUUUCCCGAAGAAGAAAACGAAGAAGAGACGAAGAGAGAAAUGAGGCCGAUGCAGCUGGAUAUGUUAUCGGAGAUGGAUGAUGCAGGUUCUUCGAUGGCCAUGGACGUUGAUGACCUCGAAGCCAUGGAGAUACUCAACGAAGGAGGACUUGUCUCAGAUAACAAGCUCGCCGACGCCGAUUUCUUCAACAAAUUCGAUGAUGAUUUCGAUGACACCGAUAUCAACUAAAUCCGGUUAAGUUUCCUCUUUAAGAUUUCAGUUUUUUUUCCUAAACUUGAUGUAAUUUGUGGAGAAACCUAUGUAGUAAGUGUGUAAUAAGUUCUGGGAUUUUUAUGUUUGUGGUAUGUAACAAUGUUUUUCUUCAUUUGGAUUACUAAAACAUUUGAUUUGUGUGUUAUUGUGCUUUGUCUGAUUGUUUUUUUUGGCUCAAAUUUAGAAUGUUUUUUUUUUCCUUGGUUCUGGAGAUGAUGAUGUUUUUUGGAGAUUGAAACCUAAUUUUCUU